AUGAUGAUGCUCGAUCUGGAUGGAGAUGGAGAGGUGGACUUCAUGGAAUUCAUGGAAUUUAUUACAGAUGUCACUACUGAGCUACAGGACAUGUAUAUCCAUAAUGUGAUGAGAUACAGAAGGCCUCCAAAGUUUGGCGCUCAGACUCGAUCUGAGAGAGCAAUCGUUGCCUUGAUUAAGGUAUUUCAUAAGUACGCAGGUAAAGGUGGUGACCCGUUCUGCCUGGAAACAAAGGAGCUCAGACAACUUUUAAGGAAAGAGAUGCCAACCGUGAACCCCUGUUUAGAAGGUAAUAACCACUUCAGAGAAAUCCUCAGCAAGUUGGAAAGCAAUGGCAGAGGUACGGUGGACUUCAAAGAGUUCAUGUCAUUUGUGGCGAACUUUGCUGUGGUGGUGGAGUUUUCCUUACUUAACGAGCCCAAGAUGGAUGAAGACUGA